GCAGAUUCGUUAUGGUCUAAAUGAAAUCGCAGAUGCCACCAGCUAAUCAGCAACCGGCACCGGAUCAGCCAUUCCCACUGCCAACAGACAGACAAGUGUCUUCGAUACCGAAAGCACAGGGAGAAGAGCCAUUCUGGGUUUAUCCAUCCCAGCAGAUGUUCUGGAACGCGAUGUUAAGGAAAGGCUGGCGUUGGAAGAACGAUGACAUCAACCCGAAGGACAUGGACGAUAUUAUUAAGAUUCACAAUGCAAAUAACGAGCAGGCUUGGCAAGAAGUAUUGAAAUGGGAGGCACUUCACGCGAGGGAAUGCGGCACUCCGAAAUUGCGAAGCUUUGGUGGCAAAGCGAAACAGUACUCGCCACGUGCACGCAUUCGAUACUGGAUGGGAUACGAGCUACCGUUUGACCGUCACGACUGGAUCGUGGACAGAUGCGGAAAGGACGUGCGGUACGUUAUAGAUUACUACGACGGUGGUGCGAUCGACGAGAAGUACACGUUCGCGUUGCUAGACGUGAGACCGGCGAUGGACUCGUUGGAAAAUGUUUGGGACCGAAUGAGGGUCGCGUGGUUGCGUUGGAGAUACUGCAACGAGUCACAGGAAUCCGAAUGCGCUACGAAAUCCGGUUAAAAUUUAAGUAGGAACGGGAAAUAGACCAACGAGAUUAUUAGCUUGUCAAUUAACGCGCUCGUUGCUUAAGUUUACUUGUUGACGUUCAGGCAAUGUACAGUUUUUCAAAUACAAGAUUAACGUAGUUAUCGCGACAGAAAUGCCAAAGAUGUUCAUCACUGUUUAACAAAAGAGAAAUAUCGCUUUAGUAUUCCGUACGAUUCCGGAAGAAAUAAUUGUAGACGACGACGGAAACUGCUCUAAAAGUACAAUCACACUUUUCCUCGAACGUAGUGAAUGUACGUUCCAAUAAAAUGGAAGACAUUUGUACAAAAUU